AAAUAAAUAUUGGAAAUUUUGAAGAAAAUUAUAGAUAACACCGGUGGGAAGCACCACGUAGCACUAGCAGCAUUGGGUAUACAUCGUUAGAGGAAGAAUAAAGAUGAUCAAGGCUGUAAUUCUAAUUGGUGGGCCGCAGAAAGGAACCCGUUUCCGACCCCUAUCGUUGGAUACGCCAAAGCCUCUAUUUCCAGUAGCUGGACGUCCGAUUAUACAGCAUCACAUUGAGGCUUGUCUACAUUUGCCAGAGCUAAAGGAGAUUCUUAUCGUUGGCUAUUACCCGCAGACGCAAAUGGAAAACUUUGUGGCUGAUAUGCAAAACUUGUACAGCAUUAAUAUACGCUACUUGCAGGAAUUUACAUCCUUGGGCACUGCUGGAGGAAUGUAUCAUUUUCGCGAUCAGAUUAGAGCCGGAAACCCAAAGGCUUUUUUUGUGCUGAAUGGUGACGUAUGUGCGGAUUUUCCGCUUCAAGAGCUGUACAAUUUUCACAGGCAACGACCGGAAUCGGCGUUAGUAACCAUUAUGAGCACCGAAGCUACACGUCAACAAGCCGUCCAUUAUGGCUGUCUGGUGUUUGAUCGGGAUACUGGGGCAGUAUCGCAUUAUGUAGAGAAACCGAGUUCAUAUGUCUCAACAUUUAUCAAUUGCGGUGUAUAUGUGUGUUCUAUGGAUAUUUUUGGUAAACUGGCAGAAGUCUUCCACUCGAAAGUUCAAGAAUACAAUGGCCAACACUAUGUUGGAAACGGCGCCGGCAAUGGUAAUGGCAAAGAUCAAGGUCACAUCCAAUGGGAACAGGAAGUAUUGACCCCUCUAGCUGGAACGGAUAAGUUGUAUGCAAUGCCAGUACCAAAUUGGUGGUCUCAAUUGAAAACAGCUGGUUCGGCGAUAUAUGCAAACCGUCAUUAUUUAGAGUUGUACAAGAAAACGCAUCCUGAGCGUUUGGCUAAUGCUGGCAUAAAACGUAGCGAAGGAGACGGAAAUCUUAUAUGUACCAUUCAUUCCGAUGUACAUAUUCAUCCCAGUGCGACUGUUCAUCAUAGUGCAGUGUUGGGGCCAAAUGUUUCAAUUGGACCUGGUGUUACUAUAGGACCAGGUGUAAGAAUACGUGAAUCGAUCAUUUUAGAAAAUGCCGUAAUCAAAGACCACACUUUGAUUUUACAUUCAAUUGUUGGACGUGGCUCUACUAUUGGUCAAUGGUCUCGCGUAGAAGGCACUCCUAGUGAUCCUGACCCAAACAAACCUUUUGCAAAAAUGGAAAAUCCACCUCUGUUCAAUAAGGAAGGAAAGCUUAACCCUUCCAUAACUAUUUUGGGUUGUUUUGUUCAAGUGCCUUCGGAAAAAAUACUUUUGAAUAGCAUCGUCUUGCCGCACAAAGAGCUGGGUAGAAGUUUUAAAAAUGAGAUUAUUUUAUAGAAAGGACAUAACGAUAUCCUAUGUUACUAACUGCAAUUUUCAUUGUAUUUGCAUUGCGACACAGAAAGAAGGAAGUGUGGCUCUGCGUGUCUGAAGGAUGAAAAUGUACGUCGGUGUUGGUACUUUUUAAUCAUUUGUUUUACUGAACCUUAUUACUAUAAUAUUUUACACCAACCAAUAAAUGUUUACUAUAAAUAUACAAGUGAA